GGCCCGGUGCCGCUCAAACACGGCGAUGGAUAUAAAUACCCCUGUUUUAAACCUCUACAACUGCCGUCCUGUCCUGCUUUUUGAUGAUCAGAGAGGCCAAAACGGAGCGAAAGAAAGAGAGGAGUGUGUAUAAAAGAAAAGAGAGAGAAGGGAGGGGGAGCCCACGCGGUAUUGGGGGGAGGUUUUACUGGUGAGCGGUUUACGGUUCAUGCCAGCCAGCCAACCAAACCCACCCUUUCUCAAAAGGGAAACGGUUGUGGAAAAUGGGAAUCCAAAACCAAAGCGGUCCCCUCUCUCUCCUCUCUUCCCCGCCCCGCUUCUUUUAAAGUACGGCCAUCACUAAACCGCAAAAAAUAAACAAACAAACCAACGAACCGAACCCUUCUUCCCAGUCGCCCAAUGCCCUCUAUCACUAGUACUAUUUUUAUAUGUAUAAGGGAAGGAAGAACAGAAUAGAAUACGAAACCAAGAACAGAGACUGAGCCUAUCCACAUCCGAGAGGAAGGAGAGGAGGAAUAAGAGAAGGAUCGAUAGGAGAAGAGGAGAAGAGAGAAGGGGAUGGUAGUGAUGGAAGGUGGGGGAGUGGGGAGAGUGGAUGGGGAGCAGCGGAUCAAAGGGUCGUGGAGCCCAGAGGAGGACGCCCAGCUAAUGCGGCUGGUGGAUCGUCACGGUCCCCGGAAUUGGACUCUGAUUAGCUCGGGGAUUCCCGGGCGGUCCGGCAAGUCAUGCCGCCUCCGUUGGUGUAACCAGCUCAGCCCCGCCGUCCACCACCGCCCCUUCACUCCCGCCGAGGACGCCGCCAUCGUCGCCGCCCACGCCAAGUACGGCAACAAGUGGGCCACCAUCGCCCGACUCCUCCCCGGCCGCACCGACAACGCUAUCAAGAAUCACUGGAACUCCACCCUCCGCCGCCGUCGCCGGGCCGCCCUCGCCGCCGGGCCACUUCCUGUACCAGCGCCCCUCCCCGCCGACUCCACCGACCCCGAUGAGUCCGACUCGGAGUCGGCGGCGAAGCGGCCGUGCAGGAGGGAUGAAGCCGGCGGGAGCAACGUGGCGACGGUGGUGGCGGCGCUGCCUGCUGCUCCUCCGCCGCCGCCGCCGCCGCCGCCGAUGGCGCCGAUCCCGGCGGAUCCGAUGACGUCGCUGACGCUGUGCCCCCCGGGGGAGGGCGGUGCCGGUGGCGGCGGACGGGACCAGAGGGAAGGGCUGGGGGAUGCCGAGAUGAGGGAGAUGUGCUUGGUGUCGAUAAUGCGGGAGAUGAUCGCCGAGGAGGUGAGGAGUUACAUCAACAGACUGCUAUCGGAGGGCGGCGCCGCCACCCCCAUCAUCGUCAAGUCCGACUCCGCAUCCAACCCUCAGUAUUAGAUCUCCUCCCUCCACCUCUUUCCUCUCUCUUUAAUAACAGUUCGUGUCGCAUGUAAAUUAAAUAGAACGAAGCGUUCGAGUCUUCUCCUCUUCCUAUUUAUAAAUCAAGCCAGCCCGGAAAGUGGGCUGCGAAUGUCCAUCGAAAUGUUAAUAAAGAAUAUCCUGGAUGUUUUAUUUUA